GUAACUAGUAAAUUACUUCCGGAAUCGACCUGCAUGUUGCAGCUUCAAUUUUAUUCCAAAGUGUCUUCAUUGUUGUGCUCUUGCUUUUUCAAAGAAAAUGUCUCGGGGGUCAAGUGCGGGGUUUGAUCGGCAUAUCACUAUCUUUUCACCAGAGGGAAGACUCUACCAAGUUGAAUAUGCUUUCAAGGCUAUUAAUCAGGGUGGACUCACAUCAGUGGCAGUCAGAGGGAAAGACUGUGCAGUGGUGGUCACACAGAAAAAAGUACCGGACAAGCUGCUGGAUGCGGCCACUGUUACUCACCUCUUCAGAAUCACAGAGAACAUUGGCUGUGUUAUGUCAGGGAUGACCGCUGACAGCAGAUCUCAAGUCCAGAGGGCCAGAUACGAGGCGGCCAACUGGAUGUACAAGUACGGUUAUGAGAUUCCAGUGGACAUGCUCUGCAAAAGGAUUGCAGACAUCUCUCAGGUUUACACUCAGAAUGCUGAAAUGAGGCCACUGGGCUGCUGCAUGAUUGUGAUUGGUGUAGACGAAGAGUUGGGUCCACAAGUGUACAAAUGUGACCCAGCCGGCUAUUACUGUGGGUUCAAGGCCACAGCAGCAGGGGUCAAGCAAACAGAAGCCACCAGCUUCCUGGAGAAGAAAGUGAAGAAGAAACUAGACUGGACCUUUGAGCAAACUGUGGAGACGGCAAUCACCUGUUUGUCAACGGUGCUUUCAAUUGAUUUUAAACCCUCUGAGUUGGAAAUAGGAGUUAUCACCACUGCGGACCCAAAGUUCAGGAUCCUGUCCGAGUCAGAAGUCGAUACCCACUUGGUUUCCCUGUCCGAAAGGGACUGAAGAGAGGCAGGAGGCAUUUAGAGAGAGACCAGUCGGACCCAGUUACAGAGUGGUGCAAGCCUUGUUUCAUGUAUAUUUACCCCGUUCCAUUAAAGACAUUUUUGAGAAAAAAAAAGUUUUUUUUUUU